AUGAACCCCGCGGACGACCCCGCGGAGCUCUUCGUGUGCGGCCGCCUGUGCCUCCUCGGCGAGCACUCCGACUGGGCCGGCGGCUUCAGGAGCGCGGCGCGUCCGGACACCGUCCACGUCGGGCGCUGCGUCGUCGUCGGCACCAACGACGGCCUCCGCGCGAGGGUCUCCACGUCCUCCGGCUCGGACAUGUGCGUCGCGAUGACGUCCACGGACGACGCGGGGGCGAAGCGCUCGCGCGUCUUCGACCUGUACGACGACGAAGCGCUCCUGCGCGCGGCGCGCGGGGGCGCGGACGCUCACGACGACGGGAGCGGUACCUUCUGGCGGUACGUCGCGGGCACGCUUCAUCACCUCAUCGUCUCCUCCCCGCACGCGGACGCCAUCGCCGCCGCGCUCGCGACGAAGUGCGUCGCGAUCGAUAACUACGAGACGACGCUGCCGAUGAAGAAGGGGCUGUCGUCGUCCGCGGCGGCGUGCGUGCUGGUCGUCCGCGCGAUGUCGACCGCGUGCGGGCUCGGGCUGAGCGCCGAGGAAGAGAUGGAGGCGGCGUAUCUCGGCGAGAGGCGCGUUCUAUUACCACACUGA